AUCUUCUCAAAAUUUGGAACGGUCCUGAAGAUCAUUACCUUCACCAAGAACAACCAGUUCCAGGCCUUGCUACAAUAUGCAGAUCCAAUGAACGCACAUCACGCCAAAAUGGCUUUGGAUGGGCAGAACAUCUACAACGGCUGCUGCACUCUGCGUGUUGAAUUCUCCAAGCUGACCAGUCUGAAUGUGAAAUACAACAACGACAAGAGCAGGGACUUCACACGUCUAGACCUACCCUCAGGGGACGGGCAGCCCACGCUGGACCCCAGCAUGCAGACCGCUUUUGGUGCUCCUGGGAUAAUUUCCUCUCCAUACCCUGGGGCGGCUGGUUUCGCCCCUGCUAUCGGUUUCCAUCAGGCAGGUAAGCUUUCCGACACAGUCACACUCUCACAUCUCAUCUCAGUAAUGGAGGCAGCGUCGUGCAGCUCACGACAGUCUUCAGACUGAAUAACAGAGGUAUUACAGUGUCACCUGAGCCACAUGCAAGACGCAUCUGCAGACUGACACCAGCAAAAUGAACAAAGUGAAG